CGUUGAGGCGGCAGCUGGGGUGACGCUCUGGAAAGAUGGCGACUCUGCUGCAGCUGGAGCGGGUGGUUUACCUGGUGAACGGGGAGAAGAAGCUGCGGCUGCCGCUUUCACAGCUUUACUUCUGCCGCUAUUGCCAUGAACUGCGCUCGUUGGAAUGCGUCUCCCACGAGGUGGAUUCCCACUAUUGCCCAAGCUGCCUGGAGAACAUGCCCUCGGCUGAGGCCAAACUGAAGAAGAACAGGUGCGCUAAUUGCUUUGACUGUCCAAGCUGCAUGCAUACUCUCUCCACAAGAGCAACAAACAUCCCAGCACCCCUGCCCGAUGAUCCAGCCAAGACCACAAUGAAGAAGGCUUACUACCUGGCCUGUGGUUUCUGCCGCUGGACUUCUAGAGAUGUUGGCAUGGCGGACAAAUCUGUGGCAAGUGGAGGGUGGCAGGAACCGGAGAACCUUCAUGCCCAGAGGAUCAAUAAAUUGCUGGAGUAUUACCACCAGUUGGCCCAGAGGGAGAAGAUUGAACGUGAUCGGAAGAAGCUGGUCAGGCGUAGAAACUACAUGCCUCUGGCCUUUUCUACACACACUAUACAUGUGGUGGACAAGUAUGGCCUUGGUACCAGACUGCAGCGGCAGCGAGCAGGGGCUCCUCUUAUUUCCCUCAGCGGAUCUACGUUGAAGGAUGGCGAGGACCACAAGGACGUUAAGAUCGAGCCUGCACAGGCAUUGGAAGAGGUGGAGCCGCUGCCUGAGGAUUACUACACCAGGCCCAUUAACCUGCCUGAGGUGACCACCCUUCACCAACGAUUGAUGCAGCCAGAUUUUCAACCCAUAAGUGCUUCCCAGUUACAUCCAAAGCACAAGCACCUCCUGAUAAAGCGCUCACUGCGCUGCCGGAAGUGUGAGCACAACUUGAGCAAGCCUGAGUUCAACCCAACCUCUAUCAAGUUCAAGAUCCAGCUAGUUGCUGUCAACUAUGUUCCAGAGGUGCGAAUUUUGACCAUUCCCAAUCUGCGUUACAUGAAGGAGAGCCAGGUGCUGCUGACACUGACAAACCCCGUGGAGAACCUCACCCAUGUUACUCUGCUGCCCUGUGAGGAGUCUGACCCAGACAAUGUGUGCAGCACUGCCAAGGUCACGCUUCCUUCGAAGGAGAUUGUUCUUGCUGGGAAGGACGCAGCAGCUGAGUACGACGAACUGGCUGAGCCCCAGGAUUUCCACGAUGACCCAGAUGUCGUGGCCUUCCGGAAAUCCAACAAGGUGGGCGUCUUCAUCAGGGUGGUCCCGCAGAGAGAGAGCGGUGAUGUCAACAUCAGCUUCAAGCUGCGCUACGACUUCAGGAACCCAGCGGGAGCCAUCCGGCCGGCUGAUGAAACCGAACUGAGCGCAGAGGUCAUCUGGCUGACCCAGCACGUCGAUCUCAGGCUGGGACCCCUGGCCGCCUGAGCUUGGGACCAUCCACCCCCUCUCUCCCAGUGACCCCCCCCCCCACACCAGCAACUGGGUGUCUCUUUACGGGGGCUGGGGCAGAGGGAGCCGAAAGGGUCAGAGAAACUCACCUAUCCAGUAGAAAGUGUGGAGGUCACACCUAGAGAUGCCACACAAGCCUCUCUUGCUGUUGGUGGGGUGGAUGCAGUGAUUGAGGUUCUUUAUGAGUCAAGCAGCGUACGUAGGGACGGUAAAUCGCAAACAUGGGAUUCUGCAGUUGCUGGAAAUGCAGAGCAGUACACACAAAAUACUGGAGGAACUCAGCAGGUCAGGCAGUAUCUGUAGAAAAGAAUAAACAGUUAAUAUUUCGGACUGAAACCCUUCAUCAGGACUGUAAAGGAAGGGGGCAGUAAUCAGAAUGCUUCCCUUUCUCACCAGUCUUCUAUCCUGGGUCAGUCUUUGAAGUCGGCCCAGGUGUAGCCCAUCUUAAUCUUCGAGGCGAAGAUCUUUCCUCUCGCAGGGAUGAGGUCUUUAGGGCUUCUGUUGGCGUUUCUGUAGCUCUGGGUUUUAACAGGAUAGAGUUGCAGCCCCAUCCUUAACCCCCAUCCUUCUUCAGCCGGGCUUGGAACUGUUCAUAGUGGAUUUAACAUUUUUCUCCCUUCCCCUUUAUUUUGGCAUCUUCCCCCUUUCUUUCCAGUCCUGAUGAAGGGUCUCAGCCCAAAAUAUCGACUGUUUAUUCCUCUCCAUAGAUGCUGCCUGGCCUGCUGAGUUCCUCCGGCAUUUUGUGUCUGUGUUGCCCAGGAUUUCCAGCACCUGCAGGAUCUUAUGUUUUUCUUCAGCUGCACGCUUUUGGACAAACUUGGUUUAAAAUACCAUGUCUCUGGGUGAGUUUGAACAAGACAUUGAAAGCUUCACGCGAUGAGCAAUCUGCUGGAGGAACUCAGUGGGGUCGAGCAGCAUCUGUGCGAAGGGGUGGCAGAUGUCCACAUUUCAGGUCAGGAUCUUGCUUUGGGAAAAUUCUUCUUUCUCUUCUUUACCCCACCCCGACAGAAACUGAUCAAACUUCUGAGUUCUUCUGACAGAUUGUGUGUGUUGCUACAGAAUCCGGCAUGUGUAGGCUCCUGUGCCUUCACUGCCACCCAGUACCAUGAUGCACAGACCCCUGAUGUUCCUGGCCAAGAGACGGUUAUGGAUUCCAGAAUGCACCCUUCUUGCCCUCUGUGAUAACCCCCUUCCGAGGGAUUGCCAGAUUCCCUCUCUGGCCCCACCGAGAGACAGCAACAAGGAACGUUUUCCCCCACGGACAGCAAGAAUUCCUCCUCCCGUUGCUCAACACUACUCUCUUCUCCCUGCCCCAGAACUGCAGAUGCUGGAAAGAUCCAGAGCAGCACACACAACAUGCUGGAGGAACUCAGCAGGUCAGGCAGCAUCUAUGGAGAGGAAUAAACGGUCGGUGUUUGGGGCCAAAGGGUCUCGAAAGAUUAGCUUUGUUUUUAUCAUGUACAUCAAAAUAUUGAGAUGUGACUGAUCUUCCUCACUCCACGCUUCUCGAUGUCAGACCCCUCGCCUUGUAACAAUCUUCCUCAUGCAUUAGCAUAGUCACUACUUCCUCCACCCCCAGUGGUCAGAAAUCCUGCAGCUGGCACAUGAAAAGCCUGGACGAUAAAGCUCUUUGGCCCUUCAUUGACUUCCUGCAUUAUAAGCCUGGCUUCCACUGCUGCCCCCAGGUUUUUCACUCUCUUUGCCCUUUGUCUCCGAGUAUGUGGCCAUCUGUAACCCAUUGCAGCUCCCUGUGUACUGCCACCUGAAUCCCCUUGUGACUCCCUGCACACCCGACUAUCUGUAACCUCUUGUGCUGGCUCCCUGUGUAUGCGGCCGCCUGUUACUCCUUGUGACUUCCUACACACACGGCUGCCUGUUACCCCUUGUGACUCCCUGCACACGUGGCCGCCUGUAACUCUUGAUGUGGCUCCCUGCGUAUGAGGUUGCCUGUAACCCCUUGAUAUGGCUCCCUGUGUAUGUGGCUGCCUGUAAACACUUGUGGCUCCCUGUGUACACAGCUGCCUAUAACCCCUUGUGGCUCCC